UUACUUUUUAUUAUUGACUAUAGUGUGAGUGUCUGUUUACAAAUUUUCUGAAAAUACAAAUCAAUUCAUUUUUUCAUAAGUGAAUUACGUAAACGCGACAUAAAUGUAAGGACACUAUUUUGUUACAAAUUAUAUGUGUGAUUUAUAUUUAUUUAAGACGGAAGAAAAUCAUAAAGUAGAUAUAAUCAAGUUAAAAAUGGAAAAUGAUCGUGAAAAUCCACAAGGCGGUGUAGUACGUGAGAUAAAGAACCCAUUUUUCGCGGUUAAAAAGUAUAGUGACUUUGACAAACCUUCUCCGAAAUAUGGCAAACCGGUUGAAAUGGGGUCAUAUUCACUGGACAUCAACAAGAAGUUUAUCGACUCAGAUGUAGGUCUAAGAUAUUACAUUCAACCGCCGAAUUUACAAAAAGUAUAUUUUGAUUUGAAUCAUGGAUUUGAAACAAGACAUAUAAAGGAAAGGGGACGUGAUAUAAAUAUCCUGUAUUGGAUAAAAGGCCAUAUGGGAACAGAAGAAGCUAGUGAAAGGCUAGACGCUGAUUUUGUCACACAGCGUGGAUUGAUUACAAAAUUACUGCUUACGCCUUAUGAGGAAGAUGAAGGCUGGUAUAUAGCUGUAACACUCUUCAAUGGAACUUAUUAUCUGAAUGAAGUCGAGUCCGAUGAGAAAAAGGAGAGAGAAAGAAAAACAGUAGAUGACAUAGAAAGCUGUCGAGGUUGGAAAUUUGAGCAAUAUCUAACAGCAGAUGCCGCAGAUGGGCAACCGAACACAGAAAUUCCGUACAACAACUGUGAAGGAUUUUAUAAAGUCGUCAAGUCAAAGCUAAAAAGUCAUUCUUUAGUAUUUUCCGGAGAGAUAGACGCUGUCAAAGUUGAUAGAGUGAGAGGUAACUCAUAUGUUGAGUUUAAAACAACUAAGGAUUACAGAAUGGAACAAAGACAUCUCCGGAAUUUCCAGAGGUACAAAACGAAAAAAUGGUGGGCACAAAGUCAUCUGACAGGUACCAAAGAAAUAGUUUGUGGUUUCAAAGAUGAUAAUGGCAGUGUGAAAAGGUUGCAUACUUUCGAUACACCUAAGCUGCUUGAUAUUGCAAAGGAUGCCCGUGAUCCAUGGAAACCGAAUGUGUGUUAUAAUUUCUUGGACGCGUUUUUAUCUACUAUCAAAUCAAAAAUAACUCACGAUGACUACAGAAUAGUCUAUACACUCAAGUGGAGCCCACAUGAACCGGUUAUAAUAAGCCAACCGCUGAGGGACUCGGAGUUUAAUUUCCUUCCCGAAUGGUAUGUGACGGGGAUGCAAACCUCUGAGGGAGCCAGAGUACAAGCUUCUCCCUAAAUAGUAUGUGAACAAGAUGCAAGCCACUCCCAAGUGUUUUAACUACAUUGUAUGUGGCCAGAAUGCAAACCGCCGUUAAAUUAUUCAGACUCCAUUUACUUUCCUGAAUGAUUUAUGGAUAUGACAAUGUUAUACUUUGACGAGAUAAUUUCGUAUAACUUGAUAUAAGAGUAUUGCUUUCGUGUGUCCUUAUAACUGACAUAUAUACAUGUGAUUUGAUAAUACGUUUUUCACAAUUGUGAUAUCUAGAUUUAUUUUUGAUAUUGUCAUUUUGAAUGUUGCUACGAAUUAGUAGUAAAUAAAAUGAAAAUGAAGUUGAAUUAGUUAGCAAGGAGAGAAAAGUAUAAAAAAAUUAAACCUUUAAUUCUUAUUUCACGGUAUAUUCUUGUUAAAACUUAAAACUCUCUGUCAAUUUGAAAAAGGAAAAAUAUCAAAUUUGAACCUCUUAGAAGCGUAACAGUUUUGGAAUUUUUUUUCCAAUGCAACAAUUCUGACAUGUUUUCUUCUAAUCGAACACUGCAGGAAAUUAUGUAAACUUAAUUAAACAAAACAUACUAUUUUCGGAAAGGAAACUCAGUUUCUAACACCAACCUCUAUGCAGUCGGUAGGCAAUUAUAUUUAUACAUGCUUUAUUAAUAUGCAAAAAUAUAUGAAAAUUAUCGGCAUAAUAUCAAUUGAACACAGCAAUUAUUAUAUAAUAUAUAAAUCAUACACUAAA